AUUCGUACAAUUCUUUUUAAUGAUUGCUUUUUAAGAAAAUCGAGCAUCAAACUAUUACCAUAUUUCUAUUUUGUAAUGAAAUGUACAUUAAAAAUAUUAUUAUUACGUUUUGGUUACGGGUAGGCACGAUGACCACGCACAAGUAGAUCUUUUACAACUAUCACUGUCAGUGUCAAAGUAAUGUCAAACUUUGUCAACAAAAGAAACAAGAAUUUUUAAAACAUCAUAUUUUUUAAUGUAUCAGUGAAAUGUUAUCGAGGAGGUUUAUGCUAGAUGGAGACAUUCGAAAGCAUCAAAUAAACACCCUAAAAAUAUUCAACGAUAACGUUGUGGAAAUUGUUGAAGGUGAAGAAUAUGACAUUAGUUUUAAUUCAGGAGUGAAUAAUUUAUGUUUGAAAAUAAGCCUAGGAAAUAAAUUUCCCAAAGAGAAGCCUCAUUUAAAAAUCGUACCCACUGUGUCUCAUCCUUGGGUAACCGCAGAUGGUGAUGUUACGUCUGCACCUGGUUUACUAAAUUUUACUGUCCAUUCAGACCUGGGAAGGGUUGUUCAAGCAAUUAUAAGGGAAUUUCAAAGAACUCCUCCACCAUUGGCUUUGAAACAAUCAACAACUAUAUCCCCAUCUGUACCAAUAAAUGGCGAAAUAAGAGCUAGUCCUAUAAAUUAUCAGCCGUUUCCUAACAUAAAAAGCUUUUCUCCGCCUUCGCAAAUAGGACAAACGAGUCACCAAAGCGCGGCUUUGCCGGAGCUUUCUAAUCUGUCGAUAGAAGAACUGCAAUUUUUGAACGAUAAUACAGAUAGGCAAGAUGAAUUUAUCAGCGAAUUGCCCCUCAUUAGGGAACAGAACAAAAUUUUGGAUGAUGUGAUAUUACAAGUCGAGGAGAUGGCAGUUACAAAUUUAUCAAAAGCCGGUAAAUUGGACGAACUAAAAUUGGAUAUAGAACAGAGAAUGGAAACUAUCGCAAAGCUUGCUUUUGAAAAUGAAAGGCUGUAUUCAAUUUAUCAACAGCUGUCUGAUAAGUAUGCUCCUAGAAAAAUACAAGACGAAUUGAAAGUAGCAGCGGAAAGAGCGGACAAAGAGAGCGAAAAAGUGGCAGAGUCGUUUUUAAGCGGUGAAAUAGAUGUGGAUAAAUUUCUGAUCGAUUUCAUAAAAAUAAAAGCCAUAUCUCAAAACAGGAAAACCAAAGAGGAAAAAUUAGGCCAGCAAUUGGAUAGAUUAGAGAAGGCAGGUUUUUAAUUUUUUACCAUUAACUUACGUGCAAUAAAGCUAAUUUUUGUUAAAAUAAAUUAUUUUUGAAAUA